AUGUUUUCUCCGUCUCUUGAUAGUGCACGUAGCUCAUCCAUCAAAAUUUAUAAAAUAUGAUAAAAGUAAAAGUUUCCAUUGACCAUUGAGAUAAUGUUUUAAUGUGCGCAUAUUAAGAGUCAUUUGUCAGUUUUGUUUUUGAUUUUUCAGCGCCUUUUAUAAUUUUCUGUAAUCGUUUCUCCCACCAAAUAUCCAAGCAACUACUUGAACAAACCAUUAACAAGUCAACGCAUUUUAUGCAUAUGGAUGGAAUUUAAUUAAGUAGCUUUCUGCAUGAGGAAUUGCCUAAUAGUUUCAGGUUUCCAAUCCAUAGGGGCCUGUAACACAGAAAAAGCGACAGGAGUGCCAACAAUCAUCGUAUCUAUAACCUCUGGAGGACUCUAGAAACUCUCUUACUUGAAAGUUGUUGGCGCAAAACAAGAGAUGUCGCUUUGAAAACGAGACGAUUGCGUGAGUUCAGGGGAAGAAAUGCUGACUGGGGUUUCGCAUCAUGCAUCAAAAUCGGAUUCAGAAGCUGCUGUUCAAGGAGUACUCCGAGCUCGCCGAGAUGGUCCUAGUGGAGAGUCCCUUCGCAGAGACCGAUGAAAAUGGCAAUGGAAUAAGACAAGUCUAUCUGGGUGUGACCCCUACACAGCUGGUCAUUGCGGGGGACCAAUUAAAACCAUCGACGGAGGCCGCAGUUGCGUUUCCAAGAAACAUGAGCCCUGAUCCAGAAAUAGAAAAUUUCGAGUUAUUAUCUGUGUGUGCUAUAGAGUCUGCAAAUUUAACUAUUUUCAAGAGAAAACGGAGGAAAACGAUAAAGGCACAACUUUGUAACGAGCAGACGCGGUAUUUUGAAUUAGGAGGAUUCGAGAAUAGAGCGGUAAUGUGGAAUCUGUGGUGCGAAAGGCUGAAAUUUCUGAAUGCCGGCGAUAUUACAGCCAGCCCGUCUUCAGCUUCAUCGUUACUCUUGCCUUUAGUCAAGAGCAUUACGAGUCUCUCCAGCUGGCGGAAGAGAACCGAUCACGCGCGAGGCGACAAACUCAACUACUACUCGAUUGUGCCGACAGAGUUAGGAAAAAUUGCCUGCAAUUACAGUUUUAUUUAACCCAA